AUGGAAUUUACUUGCACGGGGGUGAAAUAUUGCCCUCCGACUUAGCAAAAGAAAUGAAUGAUAUCAUAAAAGAUAAAGACAGGUACUACAAUUUCUUCAAGUGGCGUAACCAUUAUUCAUACCACCAUAGUGACGAGGCGCCAGAUUCAGAUGUCCUGUGCAGAAUAUGCGAGGUGCUCCACGAUGAAACUCUUGUGGCGAAGAAAACUGUGCACAGAGAGUUCAGAUACUGGUGGAGCGGCCCAGAAGCAUGCUCUCCUCUUGCUAGCAAAGUUUUUAAAUGGUUCUGGGAUUCACUAGCGGCCCGUCGCGGCUUUGCACCGAUUUGAUGGUAUGAUGCUGAAGUAGAAAUUAAAAAGUGGCAACAUCGUAGUCUCCGAUUUUCUUAUACCUCAGCCACACACUCUACGAGCGGCGUGGGAAGUAGGCAGAGG